AUGACGUCCCAGCCUUUCCUUCCGCUAUCGUCUUCGCCGGCGUCUCCCACCCUGCAGCCAAGACGGCCCAGUCUGGAUCCGGAGCGAGACAUCCUCUCAACGCGCGGUCGCAUUCAUAAUCUCUUGCCUAGUCACAAUUCUAGCACUGCCCUGCAGGACUUGGAGGAGUUCGCUGUAACCCGCAAGUUUCUGCGUCGUGGAUCUCUGCUCAUUGGACACAAGAAUGCGCGCUACGAGUGGCAGCGCUAUUAUCGUUCUCCCGAGUCCUUGAAGGGGCUCCGGAAGCCAGUGCGGAAAUACUACGAACGUAACAAUUGGCUCAUUUCGCAGUAUCUUUACAUCGAUCGCCUGCUAGACUCGUCCCUCCCACAUAACCUGAUCGAUGACUACGAUGAUUGCCACCAUCAUAGCCCGCACGCCGAUGGCUACGGCACAGCUCAAGAUGAUCCUGCGCCGACGGCCGCACGGCAAUUUAAAGCGGCCAGGGUCAAGCGCACUCCUCAUAACCUCUACCAGAUCCCGGAUGAGACAGCGCCUCUGCUGUCGUCAUCGCAGGAAGAAGACCACUGCAGUCAUCACUCGUUUCCCGAUCCUGAGGCCCACAGCAGCCUGAUGCCCGAGAAAGAAGAGCGCUUGAUCAACCUCGCCAUCCGGGUGAACUUCGCGGCGAACGUGGUGCUUUUGGCCUCCAAAAUUGUAAUCAUGGUUCUGACCAGCUCCAUGUCAGUCUUGGCGGGCCUCGUGGAUGGAGUGCUGGACUUUUUGAGCACUCUGAUUAUUUGGGUUACGACAAAAAUCAUCCGCCAGCAAGACCGGAAUCGGUACCCCAUCACCCGACGCCGACUGGAACCCGUCAGCGUCCUGGUCUUCUCGGUCAUUAUGGUCACUUCAUUUUUCCAAGUGGGACUGUCCUCCUUCAAUCGCCUCACGAGUGAGGAUCAUGCGAUAGUCGAAUUAUCGAUGUCUUCUAUUGGUCUGAUGGCGGGUACGGUCCUCGUCAAGUUGCUGUGCUGGAUAUGGUGCCGCCUUAUCCCCAGCCCUAGUGUACAGGUGCUUGCUCAAGACGCCAUGACCGAUGUUAUCUUCAAUACAUUUAGCAUUAUCUUUCCGUUGAUUGGCGCAUUCUUUCGCCUUUGGUACAUGGAUCCUCUCGGUGGCCUUUUCCUUUCCUGUUAUAUCAUGUGGAACUGGGGACAAACCGCGGGGGAUUAUAUCCGACGACUCACGGGCGCAGCCGCAUCCGCCACCGAUCAUAAUAUCUUGUUAUACAUGACGAUGCGAUUCUCGCGCGUUGUCAGAAAGAUUCAAGAUCUGAAGGCGUAUUAUGCGGGGGAUAAGCUUAACGUGGAAGUUGAUUUGGUGGUGGACGAGGGGACCAGUCUCCGCGAUGCACACGAUGUGGGCGAAUCGCUGCAAUAUAUUCUCGAAAGUGUGCCGACGGUGGAUCGUGCUUGGGUUCAUCUUGAUUACUCGGAGUUUAACCUCCCAAGUCAUCUUAACCAACUGGAUCGCUAG